GCCUUUUGCACGGAAUUUUGCCGGGUUGAGGCGACAGGAAGGCGAGGCGUCUCCUUAGCGGCUCGGCUAUGGAGAAAGUGCUGUGUAGCGGGCACGGUGAGGAGCCGGGAGGCGCAGGCUCGGAUCCCUGCGCGUGGGGUGCAGAUGUCUGGCUCUUUUUGAGAUUUUGUGCAACUUUCAAUACGGGUCGAGCAUGCUUUCACUUUUGCACCUCUCUUUGUUAUCUGCAAUUGGAUUCCUUGUUACCAGUCGAUGCUUUAUUAUUAUUAUUAUUAUUAUUAUUAUUAUUAUUAUUAUUAUCGUCUUGGGCGUUUUCGUCUCCUUUUUUUGUUUUGAUUGUAAUUUCUCAACACUAAAAGUAGUAAAAAAAUAGUAAAAACAGGAAGUUUGCUGGGGCGAUCGGGUAUGUCUUUACUUGCUAGGCACUAGGCUGCCUCCUUUCAGAGAGCUAAGGAAGGGGAAAUAGCAACACCAGCAAAAUAACCAGAACUACUUUGGCAAAGUAGGGGUGUGGAUGGCACUGUGGGUUAAACCACAGAGCCUAGGGCUUGCCGAUCAGAAGGUCAGCGGUUCAAAUCCUCACAACAGGGUGAGCUCCCGUUGUCCGGUCCCUGCUCCUGCCAACCUUGCAGUUUGAAAGCACGUCAAAGUGCAAGUAGAUAAAUAGGUACCGCUUUGGCGGGAAGGUAAACGGCAUUUCCGUGCGCUGCUCUGGUUCGCCAGAAGCGGCUUAGUCAUGCUGGCCACAUGACCUGGAAGCUGUACGCCAGCUCCCUUGGCCAAUAAAGCGAGAUGAGCGCCACAACCCCAGAGUCGGUCACGACUGGACCUAAUGGUCAGGGGUCCUGUCGGAGCCAGCCGUACAAAUGGCGAAGUUUAGCAUAAAAUUAUGACACAGAGAGCCAGCAAUAUUUUCAUGAUGGUAGGAGCAGCUCCUCUCAAACUUCCCUCUCCUCCUCCUGCAAACUUCUUUAUUCCUUUGUCCUCUCUCCAGCCGCAUGGCUGUUUGCCAGUGUCUCACGUUACCUCAUCCGGUCAAGGCUUUUAUUGCCCCCUUCACCAUAUAAGGUUAAUACAUUCCAAUACAUUGUAAAGCUCAGAGUGCUGGUCAGCCGAGGUCAGGGGGCACCCUGCAAUAUUACAAGCCUUUACCGUGGCUUUAUGACUCCCACAUGCCCUCUUUCUUUACUUUAUAUCAGAGUCAAUACGCGAUAAGCGACUCAUUGACACCGGAAGCGGGCCGCGGACUGGAGAACCAUGCAGUACAUAUAGAGAUUAUAGAAAGAAUACAUUGGAUACAGCAACACAAAAUAAUGCAAAUAACUACUAUAAUGAUCACUAAAAUCAAUAACUACUAUAAUAAUCACUAAAAUCCGGAAGCCAAGAAUAUAAGAAUUCUGAUUCCAAGCUGCAUGGUAGGCUUCCUGUAAGAGAACAAGAGCUAUUAAAAGUGAAAUUCAAUGUAUAUUGACAGUUUGGAUAUAUGCCCCAUGAUUCUUUCCCCUCCUUAAUUUGAAAAUAAAUGGGGGAAGGCUCAUGGAGGGUCAAUUAUACUGGAGGCCAAAAAGUUUGCUUAGGGCAUAUAACAUUAGUAAAUUGAAAAGAUCCAUUGACAGGCACACCAUGAAACAUUAUGCCUGAAUGACUGGCAUACACACCCAACAUUUAGAAGCAUGCAAGAAACUGGCAAACAUAAUGAUAUCUUGUACAAAAAUAUCAUCCCUCCAUAUCUUAUGAUAAUUUUCUCCCCUAAAAGUCUCAUUCAACAAUGCUGUUCUUCUAGUUCGAAAGUGGCUGAGCCGUGGAUACUGCCAGCCAGAGUAGGAAGCUGACGACAGCUGCUUGCCAGCCGAUGAGGUGAAAUAUGGUGGUUUCAACUGGACUGGUUGUCUGCUUCUCUUCCUUGUAUAACGGUGCAGCAAAGGAUGGCAAGGCAAAUGGUUAGGAACGCAAACACUGCCAGGUGCAGCUCGUGUGCAGCACCUCUAGGUGGCGCAUGCGGAAAGGUUUCAAUGCUUCACCCACAAAAUGUUGACAAAGUGUAGGGGAGUUCCGCAUGCCUUGAGGCAGGACAACCCACUGAUAUCGCUGGGUGGGCUGCGAAUUGUGAUAUACUGGCAAUGUAAAGCAAACUGUUCCCUGUCUGCUGGAGCCAGUGGGAUGAAGAUGGUUCAAUGUGGCCAAAAGUCAAUUGUUCAGAAAUAAGCUGUUCAGAGAUAGCUGGUGCCGCUGCUGCGGAUUUUUCUUUGGUAGAGGCCACUGUUCUACCCCCCCUGGGGUAUCAGUGAUCCUGGUUUGCCACACUGGAAACAAGUUGUAUCGGUGGCUACAGGCUGGUUUUCAUUUAGCGCUGCUGCCAGCAGAUAAGCCUUGUGGGUGGCUGCACCGACAGACUGACAAAUGCGAAGCAUGGCUGCUGUGUCUGUGGCAGGAUUGUGUAUUAUCGGUCGCAAUGCAAGUUUACAAUCCUCAUUGGCAUUUUCAAAGGCCAAUUGUUUGAUAAUUAUUUGUUUGGCUUCAGGAUUUUCAAUUUGGCGACUCACUGCUGUAAGCAGCCUGUCCAUAAAGGAAGAAUAUGAUUCUCUUGCCUCUUGCCUGAUUGAACCCCACCUUGAUUGAAUACUGGUGGGUUCUGGGAUUUUUCUCAUUGCUUGUUUAGCAGCAAGAGCAGUGUCCCUCAAUAAGAUUUGCAGCAGUGUGGCUUGCACUGAAGCUUGAGCGAAGGGACCACGCCCCAACAUGGCAUCUAAGACGUCUGCGAGGGUAACAUUUGGAUUAUUUCCUCUGACUUGUUGUAACAAGGCUGGAGCAUAAGCACGGCAGGCAGUUUCCCAUUCGUGGGCAAACAAAACACCAGCUGAUGGGGGCAACACUGUAUGGGCCAAAAGCUUUAUGUCCUCUGGAACCAAGAGCUGGGCUAAUGUGGCUUCUAAAAGCGCCUGCGUAUAUGGGGCUUGGAGUCCAUUGGCCUUUACUGACUGUUGCAGCUCUCUCAGAAUCUUAAAGUCAAAAGGUUGGUGUUGGGCUUGGGUGCCUGCUGGGGCACCAGCAGGGGCACAAUAACAGGGAAUGCCAUAGUAUCCUGAAUUAAGGAACAGCCAAGGACUGCACGUUGAAAAGGAGUAGCUGGUUCUGCCACUGAAAGAGCAGGAUCAUUGCCAGCCAGACCACGGUAUUUUUGCAGGAUUGGGUCCUCAGGUGAGGAACUGUAGUCCGGAGGUUUGGGGUCUGGAGCUGCUGCUGGCAAAGCAAGUAUUGGAACAGUCUCUAACACAGCAGGCUGAAUUAAAGAAGCUGAAGGUUGUGUUGGCAAUGCAGCCAUGGAGAUAUUUUUUGGUGAUAAAGAGUCCAUGGCGUAACGAACCUUGCACCAUGCAUUUAGAAUCCGAACACUUAUGCUGGGGUGCCCAUGAAAAUGGUCCCGGUGCUUGUCCCAAUGUUUCAAUUCCCAAGUCCCAUCUGCAGGAAACCAGGGGAAUGCUCUUUGAUAGCCAGAAUGAGCUGUAUUAAAUCACCAUCCGGAACUUCCAAUUUGUUGGAGGAGAGGAGAAAUUUUAAGUCUUUUAAAAAUUUCUGUUGGGGAGCAGACAAAGAGCUGCCCAUUUUUCUAAAAUCAAUAUAAAUAAGGGAUCGGAACUCACCGGGAUCUUUUUAAGAUGAUUAGCGCUUGAAACCCUGGCCGGGCGUAGUGAGCCGAUGAUAUCCUUUGCUAGGAUCGAUAAACCUCACACGGUUUCCUUUUAAAAGCCUCAGUCUGCCUCAGACUGUUUUCUUUAAGUUGCCUCACACGGUUUUCUUUUAAAAUCCUCUUAGUCCUCAGACGUAUUCUUUUAUUCUGCCUCACACGGGGCACCACUUGUCGGAGCCAGCCGUACAAAUGGCGAAGUUUAGCAUAAAAUUAUGACACAGAGAGCCAGCAAUAUUUUCAUGAUGGUAGGAGCAGCUCCUCUCAAACUUCCCUCUCCUCCUCCUGCAAACUUCUUUAUUCCUUUGUCCUCUCUCCAGCCGCAUGGCUGUUUGCCAGUGUCUCAUGUUACCUCAUCCGGUCAAGGCUUUUAUUGCCCCCUUCACCAUAUAAGGUUAAUACAUUCCAAUACAUUGUAAAGCUCAGAGUGCUGGUCAGCCGAGGUCAGGGGGCACCCUGCAAUAUUACAAGCCUUUACCGUGGCUUUAUGACUCCCACAGGGUCCCUUUACGUUUACUUUGGCAAAGAGCCUGGCAGUGCUUUGCGCUCAGGUGCGUGUCAGGUUUCUGUGCCUGGCUGCAAAUCAGGGCCAGAUUGACAGCUUCUGCUGCCUGAGGCUGAACAGCAAUUUCUGGCCCUUCAGCUGCUGCGAGACUACAGUUCCCAUCUCUAACCAUUAGCCAUACUGGCUGGUGGGAGUUGGAAUGCUGCAACUUCUGCAGGGUAGACUGUCGGCUGCUACUGCCGAGGUACAUAGCCAGUUCAGUAGUUAUGGCUUAAAGCAAAAAAAGGCCAUAAGCUUCUCUCUCCCUCUGUGGCAGUAAAAAUACAGCAGCAGCAAUAAUACCUUAACUAACAAUUUGCUUCCCUUGCAUACCACCCAAAACUGGCAGUUACCCUACUCUGACUGAUGGGCCUAUGCUAAAACGCAGGACCGGGGAAGAACUGGAUUCAUAUAAUAAUGGCAUGGGUUGACUAUACACACUUGAGCUCAGUGGGUCUUUUGAGUACACAUAUAUAGGCUAGUGUUGCACACUCUGUCCCUUUCCUCACAAGGCUGCAGACCUCUUGGAAUGACUAGAGGCUCAGUAGCUAAUCCUGAUGAGAUUGUUUGCAAUACUGACAAAUGGAAUUCUUACUGGUUGAAAUAUGGAUUUUAACUUUUUCUUAAGCAGUAGAACCCAAAUGCAGCGUGAGUCCUCACGCUGCAUUUGGGUUCUACUGCUUAAGAAAGAAUCACAGGUGUGAAUGUCUGUACAAGGCACAGAAGUGGCUAACUACAGCACUAGGAAGGCUAGUCUUUAGCAAGUCAAUAUGUCUCAACCUAACCUACCUCACAGGCCUGUUUUGAGGAUAAAAUAUGGCCGAGAGAGAAAAAGAACUUUGUAAGCUUCUUGGGGAGGGCAGGCAAAGAGUGAGAUGAAAAUGUAAUAAAGACAUGCAGGUUCUUGAAGUGAGAUGAAAUUUUGACUGAUGACACAGAGUCUCUGUCAUGUUUCUAUUUUCUUCAUAUUUAUCUUUCACUUUGUUCCUAUCCAGGGCAUCCCUGCCUUUUGAAGACUGGUAUCCGGGAUGGCCCAAACAAAGGCAGAAGCUUUUAUGUGUGUGGUGUCCAAGGCCAGCAGCCAUGUGAAUUUGUGCUGCUCACAAAGUAGGUUAAAUACCUUUCUGUCACUUUUAGUUGCACAGGAUUAAAAACCAAACCAAACCAAACAAACAAACCAUGGAAGAUGGUUUACGUUUAGUCCAAGUUACUUUUUAAAGGAGAGCUGUUUGGUGUCAUUGGAAAAUAGAUCUGUGCUGUAGUAACAUAUUUGGGGGAUUAGAAUAGGUUUCAAAUUUGGGAUCAGGUGAUAAUGUAUUGAUUGGUGAGUGAGUAGCCUUGGAAGGGAUUGCUUGCCUUUGUAGUAGAUGGCUUGGCUUAUUUAUUGCAUUAAUACUGAGUGUGGCCCCAUUAUGUGAUGCAAAUUUACCUGCUACGGUGCUAAUUGUGUAUAUGCCUGUUGAGGUGGUGGGAAUGUGGCCCUGGCAUGUGGCUAGAGUGUUAGAUUGGGUGGUCAUCCUGGGCAAAAUCUAACAGAAAAUUCUCCUGUGCUGAAGCUGUUUUAUGAUUCCUUAAAUUUUCCUGCUUAUAUCAAUAGCCCUUGUUCCUUUCCACAGGCUUUGCCCUUCUCACUGCUUGGUGCAUGAGAAACAUGUGGUGGACCUCCAGUUUUUGAUGCAGCAACAGGAGACAGACACAUACAAGUAUAUUUUCUGAAGAACCCUUGAUAUUUCUAAUGGCAGGGAUAUGGGGUAUUAGUAUUGCAAACUAGCUUCAUUCUCCAUGUUUUGUUUCCUUUACCAGGCUGUUCUAUCGCUGCAGUAAAGCUAAACUGGAAGGGAAGAGAUGGUGUGGAAGUAUCCCAUGGCAGGUAGAAAGAACAGAGAUUGGAGGAAGUGUAUUGGGUUUGGAUGUAAUGAAUAUUAGUAGUCAUGCCAUUUGUUAUGAAGAAUGGGGAACUACAGGACAGCAUUUUAAACUCAAUAGCUGUGUAGUUUCCGAAUCUUCAAAAAAAAUAUUAUUAUAACUUUUAAAAAGACAUGAAAAUAAAGAUCCCCUGAAUGUCAUUUUUUUAUCCUAUGUAUGAGUUUCUGUGCAACUAUUCUGCAGAAGCAUAGAGAGCACUUAGUUCUAGCUUUCAAGAUGUCUGAUUUAUAUGGUAAACUUAACAUUCCACCCGUGUGUUUUAUAGGAUUCUAAAGCCACCAUAUUGCCAAAUGAGCCACAAUCUCAGCAUGUCUCGGAAGCAAGUCUGCUCCAUAAUCAUAGAGAUCAAAGAAAUCCAUUCAAAGUACCAAGCAAGAAUCACGAAUCUUUCAAACAAACAAACUACAGUGAGGACAAAAACUUAUCAAGAAAUGAGGAUAAAAUACAGGUUUUGGAUAAAAAGGAUCAGCUGAAGUUGCCAUCUGAAUCUGUUAAGAAAGAACAUCCAGCACCAGAGAAGAUCCAGAACAAAAAGUUGGGAGAAAAAUGUGAAGAAUCACCCAAGGAAGGAAUAGAAACAGAAACAAAAGCAAGCGAGUCCACAACUGAAAUUAAAAAGCCAGUAUUUUUGGAUACACACAAAUGUAGUUCAAGCAAAAAGUUUGAGACAACUUCUGGACACACAAGGCAGGAUUCAGCUCUGAGAUCUGCUGAAUAUGGAUUGCAAAAAAAUGAAAGUCCAAAGCAGUCAUGGCCCAAGUUCAGUGGCCAAACAUUAGGUGUGAAGCCUAUUAAUGAGGCGCAACUUGGAAGGAGAGGAUCAGAAACCUGCAGGGACAAAGCAGUAAAAAUGAAGACAAGUAACAACCGGGGGACUGAAGAGACAACACUGAUGCCCAGGCAAGUUGUGACUGUUCAGGAAUUAACAGGCUUGCCAGCGGUGCACCCUAAAGAAAACCCAGAGAAACUAUUACAAUUUAAAACGGCUCCAGAAGAUAAAAGCAGUUCUGGUAAAAAUGCCAGCAGUGAUGAACGUGACAGAUUUGUAUCUUCCAAAUUGCCUUUUGGGCAGGAAUUGGAUUCCCAGCAGCAGAAGGAUCGCAGUCAAAAGAAUUUGUCUUCCACAUCACACAAAAAGGCCUCUUUGCAAAUGACAGAAAGUCUGGAUUCCAAAGCUCUUCAUAGCCAACUUUUAGCUCAGCUGAAGCAGAAAAAGGUCUCUCUUUCGAUCAUACACUUGCUUGCUUAUUCCUUCUGUACCUGAUCACCAAAAGCUUCCCAUGUCAAAAUAGCAACUCCUUGAGCCUUGGUAAAACUGGGCUAGUUCUACAAGAAUUAUAAACCAUUAAGGCGCUCAGACUUUACCUUAGGCCAGUGUCACACAAAGUGUGUUGCACACAUUUUGUCUGAAGCCCACAAGCUUGUAAUGAAUAUGCAGUUUAGCCAACACAUAGUCGUCAUCCCUCCCCCCGGAAAUAUUUGAAAGAAGCAGUUAACAAUAAAGCAUUUAAAUACAUAUAUCCAAAUCAGUGAUGUGGGUGUUCCGGAAAUUUUUGAAUUGCUAAUUAGGUUAAUUUGCAUCCAGAAAUUGUCAGUUGCAUUGGAAAAUUUUCUGAUGCUACAGUGAUGUACUUUAUGGUUUAUUUUACUCAUAUUUAUCAAAGAUAAAAAAUAUAGCCUAAUACUGUAUCUUCAAUUGGCAUCUAUUCAUUGUUACUAAUGGAAAAGGGAAACCUAAAGCACUUGAAAACUUUCUACCCACAUCACAGAUCCCUGUGUGAAAAUAUUACUAUAGUAAAUUUACUUUUGGGGCAAUUUUAACCCUUUAAACUAUUCUGAAGACUAUAAAAUAAAAUGCCACCUGAAGCCAGCCUUCCCAUUAGACACAGUGAAGCUUGAGUGAUGUUAACGGGCAGCAAAUUGUUAGCUAUUUGAUUUAUCAUGCUUUUACUGCCAGUGUGGGAGAGGAGCUUACGGGCUUCUCUGCCUGAGCUGCCACAAUAACAUGGCCACCCUGUGUACUAAACACCUUGAUUUAAGUGUAUUUGGGGCAUCAUUUGCUCUUCUGCUUUAGGCAGCCAAAUAUCUGGGGCUGACUGAUGGCAGCAAUAUUGCACCAGGUGGGUCAAAGAGAAAGGGAGGAUGAAUAGGGGCAGCAGCAAAGUGGAACAGAGCAGUAGUUUCUCUUCAACUUCCCCAAUACUCAUUUAUUUGCUGGUUCCAGUUAUGUGUGCUUCCUUCAUUCUCGUUGACAUCUGGCACUCUUCCUUCUUGGAAGUUCACAGGAAACAAUUCCCUAAUCCAAAAACAUAAGUAGUCUGCUUGGUUGGACCAAGCACUGUUCUCUCAGUGACUGACCUGUUCGUAGCAAAGGGAAGUCAGUGGGGAUAUGUAGACUUGUGCAUGCAAUGGAGUACAUGCAGCAUUUAUUAUAUGAGAGUCAUCCAAAUUCCUGCUUGCUGGUUGAUUUCUAUGUAACUCUUAAAUAUUUCAAAGCUGUUAUGGUGAAAACGUCUGGUAAAGGUGGAGAAGUUGAGCAUUCAGGUAGUCAAUAACACAUUUCUCUCCCUUGUUUUUCCCCCCCUUCUCUCUAGAACACUUUGAAAAUCGCGAAUGUUCAGGCUCUACCCGAUAAAGGCGAGCGGUUACUAAAGCAGGUGCAGGACCUGGAAGCAGCACUGAGUUCUCUGAACCUGGAGGCAGAAGAAAGUGUAAAGGAAGGUAAGCUUAUUCAUUCAGAAUUAUGAACAUCACGUUUCAUAUGCCUAAGGAAGAAACAUUUUCCUUUAUCAUUGAGUACAUAGUUGCAUUCUUUAUCUUCCAGAAGCAGCAGUACUGGUAUCAUCAGGCCUCUGCCAGGAGCCCCAGCAAAGGGCUCACUGAUAAUAACGCCCCCAUCCUGACUUGCUCCUCCUUUUCACCAUUGCAACCUGCUCAUUUCCCUCUCUUGUCUCUCUCUGGCCCAGACAAAGGUGGUGAGGAAGAGGAGGGGCAGUAGAUGCCACUGCCUGCUUGCUCAUUGGCUCUCUGUCUGGCAAGCAAGAAGUGGCAAGGACAAAGGAGCAGCUGAUGAUUAAUGGUGGCAAGGAGAUAGACUCACAGAGCAGGUCCGGAAGUGUCCUCCAAAACCUGGAGUCAGCCCUGACAGGCAGGGAAGUCAGAUAAGCUGCCUGUGUCCUAGAGCAGGUCAGCGCCAAGACCUCUCCCGUCAGUGGAAGGCCGCAGGUUCUCCACCCCUGGUUUAUCAAAACAAAAUAUGAAGGAGCGUUUGCAGCCUGAAUUGGUACUGUCCAGGAAAGACUGUACCACUUACAAUUUUCUGCAUAUUUCAAUCGGUUCUUACACAGCAGUAGACGUGAACAGCAGUAAGCGUGAAGAGAAACUGCACAAUCCGUUCUCCAAGACCACCGUAGAACAGCCAAAUACUGUUACAGGGCGAGGACCAAAGCCAUUCCAGGAGCCUCAAGUAGCCAGCUCCUUAGAGCUCCACCCUCCUUUGGGAUCUAGUCAGUGUUCCAGUAGCACUUAUAGAGGUAAGUGGGAGAGAGGGCAGCCAUGAUGAAAUCCAACAUGGUUUUGUUACAAGUACAGUGGUACCUCGGAUUACAGAUGCUUCAGGUUACAGACUCUGCUAACCCAGAAAUAGUAUCUCGGGUUAAGAACUUUGCUUCAGGAUGAGAACAGAAAUCGUGCGGUGGCAGCGGGAGGCCCCAUUAGCUAAAGUGGUACCUCAGGUUAAGAACAGUUUCAGGUUAAGAACAGACCUUCAGAACGAAUUAAGUUCUUAAGCCGAGGUACCACUGUAUCAUAUGAAGAUUGGGCUCCCCCCACCCCCAGCACAUUCAUUUACGAGUGGGAAGGAUUCCAUAAACGGGCCUUCUCAGCAGUGACUCCCCAUCUGUGGAAUGAUCUCUCCAGGGAAGUUCACCUGGCGCCUUCAUUAUACACCUUUAGGCGCCAGGCAAAAACGUUUCUUUUUAACCAGGCCUUUGGUCGAUCCAAUUUACAUCCUGUGCCCUUUUAAAAUGUAUUUUUAUUUUGAUUAUGUAUUUUGUGGUUUUAUAUCUUGAUUUCAUUCUGUGAACUGCCCUGAGACCCCAGGGUGUAGGGCGGUAUAUAAAUUCAAAUAAUAAUAAUAAUAGUAGUAGUAAUAAUAAUAAUAAUAAUAAUAAUAAUAAUAAAUAAUAAAAAUAAUUAAUAAAUAAAUGCAUAUUUAGCUGUGCUGUUAAGUGAAGACACUUCCCCAUGCAAAUGCUUAACCUAUCUUGCUUGAUGACACAUAACCGCUUAACUAAGUUCUGCCUUAACCGCUACAUCACACCUCCUUCAGAAUCAGCACUGUGAUUCCUCAUUGUUCUAAUUUUCCUGCUACUGUAUUUUAGAGGAUUCCCAUAUGCAGGCCCUUUAUGGAGGCCGAAUGACUGAAGACCGCCUCCGAGCCGUGUAUGAUGCCACCAGUGAUGCAAUCAACCAGCUUCACAGUUCCCUUAAGUCCUGCCCGAAGGAGGAGACAGUGGCUGAGGAUCCACCUGGGUUAAAGGUGAGCUGGGACAAAUUAAAAGCGUUGCGCAGCUUGCUUUCCCUAUAAUCUUUUCUCCCCAAUAUGUCGCCAAGUUAAAAAGUGUGUUAGCAGUGCGCCUACAAAUGUUGAGCGAUUUUUGUGCAGGCAAGAAAAAGAUCAUGGAAAGGGGUUGAAAUAGUUUCAUCUGUGAUCUUCUGCUUUCAGUAAAACCCUUCAAGGCUCGUCUUCCAUAUGAAACAAAUAGCUACAAAUGUUUGCUGCCGCCUAGCAAUAGGGAGCAAUGAAUCUUACUAAAUUGUACAGGUGCUGUGUUGCUCAUCUGCUUAAGAAGAAUGUGACAAAGAUUAAUAAAUGGCAGACUAGUCCCACCCAACCAUCUUAGUUUGUGGAAUCAUAGAGUUGUAGGCUGAUUGCAUAACCCCAGUUUUAAUGGCCUGGGAGUGCCCAGUGCUGUAUUAUUGCUAAAACAAAGUGGUUGUGGAUCUGGAUGGUAGCUAGCUGACUAUGAAGAAUCCCACGUAAGCUGCUCGAGGAAGCAUGGGAUAAAAUUAUUUCUAUAAAUAAAUGACGUGUCUUGUUUUAAGCUAAACUUUAUACUUUAUUGAGACAGAGGUCUGAGUGUACCUUUCUCCAAAAAGCAAUUCAUUACCUGACAUGUAUGCCAUUCUGGUUACCUUGGAAAUCAGGGAUAGGGAGCCUGUGGUACCCGUCAGUGCCAGCCAGCAUGAGCAAUGGUUCGGGAUGAUGGAAGUUCGAGUCUUGCAACAUCUAGAAGGCUUCAGGUUCCCCAUCCUAGCUCUAAACUCUGCGCAAUUGAUCUAUACCGUAAAUACAUGGAAAAGCCAUUAAUUCUGCACCUUUUGGCUGGCUUUCUCAGGUCUCCUUGCUCCUGCAUCAGAAGCAGGCGCUUGCUUGGCUUCUCUGGAGGGAGAGUCAGAAACCGUGUGGAGGAAUUUUGGGUAAGGAACUGUUAGAUAUUAUGUGAUUCUGGUGUUUGCUGUCAGAUAGAUUGUAAUGAAAGUAGCUUUGCUUUUAGGUUUUGUGUUGAACAAGGGGGUGAAUAGGAAGGUUGUGUGGCGCUUCCACCCUAAAAUAUUAAUCUGAGCUCUGGGAAGGGCCUUAGGCUUAUCACAAAUCUUUCCUAUGGCCCUUGAAGGAUUUACAAACAUCCUGUCUUGGAUGAUGGAAGGCUGUUAGUGAGAAUGGACAGAUCCUUACAAUACAAUCCUUACUUCAUCUUAAUGUUCAACUAGAGCUUCUCUUGGAUAAACCUGUUGACUAGCUUCUGAACCUCCAGGUAUUGUUGGACUACAACUCCCAUAAUCCCUGGCAAUUGGUCAUGCUGCCUUAGACCUGAUGGGAGGUGGUGUCCAACAACAUUUGGAUGACCACAAGUUGCCCAUGCUUGGAUGAAGGAACAUUUUCUACGUGUCAGAUCCAAUUCCUUCUGUUCCCUGAAGGAUGGGGCACCACAGCGAGACACUUAGCAAAUAGUUUUACCUGCCAGGCAGUUGAGUCAGCAAGUUAAGAUAUCCAGCACUAAACAUGCCUAUCACUCCCUGAUUUCUGUUUUGUUCUAUGCUGCUUUUUCUUCCCAGCGGAUGAUAUGGGCUUAGGGAAGACUCUGACAAUGAUUGCUCUUGUUCUGGUUCAGAAGUGUUUACAGAAAGACAAAGGGAAAGAGAAAGAGAAGAAACUCGAGCUUUCAGUGUCAAGGCAAGGUACAGAAAUAACAAGAUACCGCCAAUUUUAGCAGCACCGUCUGCACUUGUUUUUCACCAUUUAAUAAAAUGAGAUUCUCUUACUGGUUGGAAAGCAAAUGUUGCAAAUACUGCCUGCAGUAUUAUUAUCUUUUCUGCAUCACUGAGACAUUACCAUGAAACAUCUUUACCUGUUAAUGUUUGCAUUUCAAGAUACCUCUGUAAUCGCUUCCCACGGCACGCUGAUUGUCUGCCCCGCGUCUUUGAUCCAUCACUGGAAAAAAGAGGUAGAAAGACACGUCAGAAGCGACAGGCUGAGAGUCUGCCUGUACCAUGGAUCCAGCCGAAUUAAGAACACGACUGUGUAAGUGCACAGCUUCCAGCUCAUUGGAAGUUAAAGAGCCUUAGCCUGGUCCAAUGCUUAGGUAUCCUGAAUUGCAGAAGCACAGGCAUAGAGAGCUGAUGCAACAUAGUCACUUGAGUUAAGCUAAAGAACACCUUUUUUGUUGUUUGAGCCAAACUUGCUCUCAAAGUGCCUUAAGGACCAUACGAUUCCUUAUGCUCCACCUCUGAGAUCCUCUCUUGGGACACUUGAUGGUUUCCCAUGCUUCAGCUGGCCUUCAGUAGACACCGAGCCUUUAGUGCGGCAGGUACUGCCCUUUGGAACUCCCUACCAGUAGAAGUUCAGCAAGAACCACCCCUCCCAUCUUUCUGACACUUGUGGAAAAAGCAACCCUGGUGCAAAGACUGCUUUUAAGCUCUCAGCCUUGCUAGCUCUGGAACUGGUAGGGAUUCUCUCGCGAGACCUCGCGGGACAAUCUGACCUGUGAGAUCUCUCAAGACCACCCCCACCUUCCAUGUGUAUACUUGAAACUGCAAGCUAAAUGCACACAAGAUGUGGGCAAUGGGCAUACUGCAACUGUGUCCUGUUUUGUGUAUCUUGUUGCUGGAGGCCAUUGCUGCACGUCCUUACAAAGCGAAUGAGAAGUACUUCCUCAGUUAUUGGGCUGAGGUGAUUCUGCAGGGCGUGUUGUCUCUUCUGGUGUCGACAUACAAGUUCUGUGGCACCACGUGUUCUACUUUGUCUCUUCCUUUUCCCAUCUCUGCCAAGAAAAUAUACACACAAUUGAUAGAAGUCAAGUUUAUUGUUACAAUAUUCAGUUUAUAUACCUCCCUUUAUCAAAAGAUCCCUGGCCAGUGUACAACAUUAAGAACACAUUUCACAGAGCACUAUAAUAAAAGCAUAAUAAGAGACAGCAUAAUAAUAAACUAAUACUAAGAGCCCGCCCCCCAGUAUUAACAGGCCAUAGAACACAUAAUGGCCAAAAGCCUGGGUAAAGAGGAAUGUCUUGUAAUAAUGGUGCCAGGCAAGCCUCUCUGGGGAGAGCAUUCCAUAGACGGGGCCACCACAGAAAAGGCCCACUCUUGAGUUGCCACCCUCCAGACCUCCUGGGGAAUGGGUGGGGACAUGGAGAAGGACCUCAGGUGACAAGUUUGCCAUUGGUUCCUUCUUUUCUGUUCCUAAGAAGACUCCGUGCUGAGUUAUUCACAGGCUGUGGCUCCAAGCACUCUUAUUGGAGAGUAAGCCCAUUGGUCACAAUGGACUUUACUUCUGAACAAGCAUACGUACGAUUGGUGCUUGUGAGCUUGAGUGUGACCUUUUGGAAGCAGCCACACUGAUUCUGCAUCAAGAUUAAAAUCCUAAAGUGGUCAUAUUGCUUACCAGCUCUCCCUCUCCUCUUCUUCACAGGCUUUCUGAAUACGACAUUGUUGUCACUACUUACAGUAUUCUUGCCAAGGAAAUCCCUACACAGAAGGAAGAAGCAGAAGUUGCUGCUGACGACCACGUUGUGCAGGUGACUGAAAACAUGCCAGACUUUCUUUUAGGAGAUGCUGAGAUAAAAGCUGCAUUUUAGUCUUAAAAUGCGUAUGGUGGGUAGCCUUGCCAUCAGAUUGGUUUGUGCCAAGUUAGCAACAAGGAUAUCAUGCAUCACAUCUGAGUUGUGUAAUUGCAGAGAAGAGGAGAAUUUAGCCAAAAAUAAAAAUAAUUAAGUCUCAAGUUGAAAUAUGUUUUUUUUCAAAUUUAAGUGUUUUUAUUUGUUUGAAAUAUUAAAUCCUUAUUACAGAAGGAGUAGUUGUAAUCUAAUGUCAUAGACUCAGACCCUGACCAAAUUAAACUGUUUUCCAGCUAAACUCUGCCCCCUUUCCUUCCAAGUCUUGCAUUUUAAAAUCAGGUCUACUUCUGCUCUAGGAUAAGUCCGUUCCCUUCUCUCCCCUGCUCUGGAUACACUGGGCUCGAAUUAUACUGGAUGAGGCCCAUAACAUCAAAAACCCCAAAGUCCAGGCCUCAAUAGCAGCCUGUAAAUUGCGAGCUACCGCCAGGUGGGCCGUCACUGGGACACCCAUUCAGAACAACCUCUUGGAUAUGUACGCCCUGCUAAGGUGAGUUGAACACACCCAUGAUCAUGCCUUGUAGAUUAACUUUGAUUUGCAAGUCUCUUCUUUAAUCGGCCUUCAGCUUACAAGUUUUUCUCUCACUGUCUGUCACACAUGUUGCAAAGAAAGCAAAUUCCUGUUUUCCUAAGACGCACACCUUCAGAAAAUACGUGCACAUUUAAAAACACCUUAGGAAAAGUGCACACAUUAAAAAGGGGGGUUAACUUUUGUCCCAACACCUUUAGAUGGAAAAUAUUUCCUGGCCACCCCAAUUCCAUGGAGCCUAGUGGUUUUACUUCACCUGUCACUCCUGCCUUCCUCUUGCUGCCAUUUGCCCUCCUAGAUUCCUUCGCUGCUCUCCUUUCGAUGAAUUCAAGGUGUGGAAGAAUCAGGUGGAUAACAAUACAAGAAAAGGAGGAGAGAGGUUGACGCUCUUAACCAGGAGCCUCUUAUUGCGAAGGACUAAGGACCAGCUGGACUCAUCUGGCAAGCCUUUGGUAAUUGAUGGCCCAUCUCCUUUUGUCUGUCUCUGGGAUUUGUGUUCUCUUCACUGAUGGCCAGUUAGGGCUGUUCUGCACACGCAGCCAAAUGUGCCAUUUUCCUUCCAUCUGCAGGUUUCAUUUACCAGCAAAUGAAGUGUUCUGGCUCUUGAUGCUGAAAAGAGAUCAGAGCACUCCAGAAACAGGAAGGAGUGCCCUGAUCUGCUCCGUUGUUUCCUGAGCUCAUCACCAUCAUCAGCACUCUGGAAACAUUGGACUAGAGAGCUCCUUCCCCUUUCUGGCUCUGAUUUGCUCUCAUCGGCAGCAGCUAGACAACAGGCACUUCAUUCAGUCCUGAUGCCAUCAGUAAAUUGGGUCAGGGGCUGGCAGGCCACUGAAAAUGGCUUGGUGAGCUGCUGGUUUUCCACUCACCCGCUCCUGUUCUGUGCAUUGCUUAAUUUUUUCUUAACAAAGAGACUCUAAACAAUGGGAUUUUAAGCAUCUGUCAAAAUUUGCCUCUUUGGACUUACUGAGGCUGUGUUUUGGCUGCCUGAAAAGCUCAUUUUAUGAUUAGUUCAUUUCAUUAAAAUACAGAAGUGUAAAAGGAGCCAGUGCUCAAUUUGCAUAGAAUCCUUAGACCUGCUGGUGGGCAGAAAGCAAAAUGUGCCACCUGGACCUUUCAUAGGAGAAAUGUCUCCUUGAAAAGCCAUAUUAGUGCAAAUUAUACUGACACACUUUUCAGUCUGUUUCUUUUCUCUCUCUCUAGGUAUUGCUGCCUCAACGUUGCACUCGACUGCACAGACUAAAACUCUCUGAAGAUGAGCAAUCGGUGUAUGAUGUGCUUUUCAGAAGAUCAAGGUAUGAUAGAGACCUGUGAAGGCAUUAAGAAUGAGUUCAUUUCAGCCUGUAAAGGACAGUGUACACAAUGACCUCACUUUCUGUAGCCCUCCUGAUGCAAACCUGCUCUGCUCACAUCCCUUCCCUAGAUGUCCUGAUAAUUCAGUGCUCUAUGCAAUAGGAAUCACUAUCUUGGUCACAUACCACUUAGAAGCCAAUUUGGACAUGAAGUGGUACAUUGAUUAGUUCAUUAGUGGCGGUAGUGCGGUGUAUUAAUUCAUUUAGUAGUAGGGUGGCAUACUAGUUAUUCAUUUUAUAUACCACUUUGAUGUUAGAAGAAACUUCAAAGUGGUUUAUAAAAAGGCAGAGCACAAUAAAUGAAUUUAUUAAUGAAAGUAAUAUCACUAGUGUAGUAUCUUAAUUAAUUUAGAAGCAGUUCUAGUAAUAAUAAUAUCUCUGCAAAGUAUUUCAGUGUCCUCACCUCCUGCCAAAUAAGGGAGAAUAGUACUCCGCCGCCCCCUUUAGUGCUUUCACAUGCUAAGCAUUUUGUUCCUCAUUGACCUAGAUUCUUGUUAGUCUCCUGAUAGUUUAAAUGAGGACUUUAUUUUCUGGCAUGUUGAUGCUGCUGCCAUUAUCAUGUUGUUAGCAAGAUGAUACUAGGAACAGAAUGUGUUCUGUCUCAGCAGAGAGUCGUUUUUGAAAAGAGAACAGAACUGUUCUUUGGGGGGCAGGAGUCAAAUAUGCUGCCUCUUUCCCCCCAAGUUUUCUCUCCUUUUGUGUUCAACGUUGUCCCCAUCCAUCUACAUUUAUCGUGCUUAUACCAUGGAAACGGGUUGCAAAACUGCCUAAAUUUAACACUGGUUUCUUCAACCAGGUCAACCCUGCAGUCCUACAUCAAACGGCAGGAGAUGCAGUGUACAGGACAGCAGCUUGGGGAGAACCCAUUUGACAAAGGUUGGAAUUUAAACUCUUUGCCCCGCCCCCUAGCAACUGCAGAAAAAGUGUUGAGAGGGAUGUGAUGAGGGUGGCCUCACCCCCCACAGCUAAUUUUGCCCUGUUCUGUAGCUAUUCUACAGUAUAUAUUUCAGCAAUCUCCAGAAUACAGUGCAGGUGAGGGGAACUCCAGGGGCCGGAUGAGGCCCUCCAGCCCCCUCGAUCUGGCCCUCAAGGCUUUUUCCAAGUUGUGCUCCCUCCACAGCUGCAAAUCCCCCUCAUCCAGCUGUGCCCCUCUUCUUUGCACCCUCCCCAAGUGUUUUUGUCUGACUAAAAGGUAUCCUUGAACUCUGAUAAUGUUUUCCUAAAUGGAGGAUCGAGAGUGGGGUGUGUGUGUGUGUAAAAAUCGAGCCCACUAUGAGGAAAAUUUUCAUUUGUUGCCCCAUCCACUACCAGCCUGUGGUCCCUGGAAGAUUGCCCAGAUUGGGGUGUGGCCCUCAGUCUGAAAACGGUUCCCCAUCCCUGUCUUAGUGCUACCUGCUAUACUUUGUCUUGAAAAAUUUGCAAAAGAUCUGCAUGCCUACAUUUCCUGGUUGGUUUUCUCCCCCUCAAAAGAAUAGUAAUAUAAAGGUUUUUUCAUAAUACAAUACUAUUGAAAACAAACAAAUCUCAAUAAAAACAGAAAAAGAAAAGAAAAUGCAGAGUCCUGUCUCGAAGGUAGCUCUUAACCUCAACUCGCACAAAGAUGUCCUUUCUGCUCCCAUCCUCUCACCUUGGGAAACCUUCCCUUCUCUGCCUCUCAGUCAGGGUCCUUCUUAAACUCCUUGUGUGAAUAAUCCCAGUAAAGACCCAACAGCAGAGGACACCAUGGAAAACAAAAGAGGAAGGAAGGAAGGAAGGAGAGGAACAGAAGAGAAAAAAAGAAAGAAAACUAGAUAAAAAGGACUUCCCAUUUCUAUCUGUCAGUUAUAUACAAAAAAAAAACUGUUCAAAAUAUUCACUGGUUGGUUUUCAGAUUCUUCUUAAAGAAACUGAAUGGUAGCUCCAGGAAUCCGUUGCUCUGACACCUGUGCCAUUUCAUCUUCUGACAGGAGCGCAGCAGUUUAGAUGCCAUCCACAAGGCGCCUUGGAAAAGCCUCGCCAGGAUGCUCCUCCCGUCUCCACCACCAUUCACAUCUUGUCCCUUCUGCUGAGGCUCCGCCAGUGCUGCUGCCACCUGUCCUUGCUGAAAGUGGUAACUAUGUGAACAGGCUUGGAGGCACCCGGUUCAGAACUGUGGUGUGUAGUGGUUAGAGAGUGUUUGGAGUUUGGGAGACCAGGGUUCAAAUCCCCAUUUGGUCCUGAAGCUCCCUGGAUGGCCAGUCACAAUCUCUCAGCCUAGCCUACCUCACCAGGCUGUUGUGAGGAUAAAAUGGAGAGGGGGAGGAACCGUGUAGGCCACCUUGAGAUCCUUGGAGGAAAGGUGGGAUAUAAAUGUAAUUGCAAUAAGAAAGUUGCCAUGCCCCAUAUGUAUUCUUUACAUUGAAGGCUCUGGACCCGACUAACCUGAAUAGUGAAGGCAUCUCCCUCUCCUUGGAGGAGCAGCUCAGUGCUUUGACCUUGUCUGAACCCAAAGAUACCAAUGACCCUAUGGUGUACCUCUUUGGUACAGCUUUUAGCAUGGAUCUCUUCGAAGCAACCAAACAGAGCACCAAGGUAUCGUUAUUAUUACUUAUUUAGCAUGCGUAUGAAUCACCUAGAAUCCUAGAUCUCGUGACGGAUUUGCACCAAAAAGAAAUGCAGGAAUCAAAGAUCUGUAGAUAAAAACAGAACACAAAGAACAACAUUAACAUUCCUAAAGGGCUUGCUGAAAUAAAUAUGUCUUCACUGCAUGCCCCAAUCUGUACAGUGUUGACAUCUGCGUCUCCCCUGGGAGGGUUUUCUGUAACACUGAGGCUCUGUGCUGAAUUUUCUCUUCUGAGUAUAGCGAGAACUAAUUUCUAGGGCGUGAAGCACCACCAAAAAGCUCAGCUCCUGACAAUUUUGGUGAGCCCAUCUAUUAUUAUUUUAUUAUUAUUUAUUUGAAUUUGUAUACUGCCCUAUAUACCCGUAGAUCUCAGGGUGGUACAUAAAAAAACCAAACACAAAAUACUUAAUCAAAACAGAAACAGAAACAACCCAAUAAUCCCCCAUUCCACAACACAUUUUAAAGGGCAUCUGAUGUCUAUUAGGUGUGGUGCUCUUUAAGGUAACAGAGCUAUGACAAUCUUUUCUAGUAAGCUCUAAGGAUCAGGGUUUUCCUUCCCUCCACAUUUAUUUUUUUAAGAACCUCAAUACAGUUAAUUUCUUUAGCUCAGGAAUGGGAACCUUUGACCAUCCAGGACGACUCUCCUCAACCAGCAUGGUCAGUAGUCCGACAUGAACAACUACUGGCGGGGCACACAUUUCCCAUCCCUGAUUUAACAAUGCAAUCCUAACCAUGUCUACUCAAAAGAAUGUCCUGUUGAAUUCAGCGGAGCUUACUCCCAGGUAAGGGGUAGGAUCGCAGCCUAGGUAACCAUUUUAACAAACAAAAGCUAUAACUCAGUACAAAAUGUAUUUCCUUCUUAACAGUGUGCAGUCGAAACACACAGUGACAAAGAACCAAGUCUUCUGUUGUGGGAUUUAUUUGUGUACCUACGCAAUACUAAGUGGGCUGCCCACCUGUUUCAACUUUGUAGUGAUUUCAUAUAGCAAGAUGGGAAAUCCCAUCUUAGAUAUGGGUUCCUAAAAUUUGUACAGCUAACGUUACCAUUAGUACAUCUGGAGUCAACCUAUCAUGUUGUGUAGAGAGAAAUGGGGAUCAUCUCCAUUUGGCCCCUCCUCAACUGAGAUCAGUUCUGUAGCUUUAAGAAGUGGUAUCUGAGUUGGUUAUUUUUCCCUCUUCCCUCCCCAUCCACUUUUCCUUUUGUAUUGGGCUUACUAGUAGUUUGAUCAGGAUCAGAUCUCAGGAUUAUUUGCAGUAGAUCAGCAAGGGUUUCUGAGUCCCAUUGUUGAACAAUGAUAACAACAAAAUGUAUUUUCCAUCUAAAUUAGAUGGCUGGAAUAAAGAAAGCUACCCAAGUGUGGACUUUCGUGUGAAAGGAACGUGGGCUUAGGUCAUUUCUAGUACGGAAAACAAAAUCCUAGGCUUAGAAUGAGCUCAUAGACUUCUAAUUCUUUAACUCUGGCUUUGUGCCCUUUGCACCUGGCUCUGGUUGGCAGCUCUUAGAGUUCUAGUGAAGAGCAAGCCUUGUAUUUGCCCACCACUAUUUUAGAUUGCAAGCCCAAAGGCAUGACUCCCUUGUUAUUGAUCUCUUACACAAACAACUCUGAGGGCCUUUUCAGCUGGAGUGGAAUAAAAAUGAUUUAAAUAAAUGAGGCUUCAAUCUCAAGCAGAGUUACUUGAAAGUCAACCCCACUCAACUCAGUUGGACUUCUGAGUAAACCUGCUUAGGGCUAUAAGUGCAUUUUCCUCCCCCUCCUUCUAGCUGUCACAUCUCUUGGAAGAGCUGAAGGCCAUCAAAGGGCGUUCCCAGAAGGCGUAAGUACGGGCAUACCAUAUGACUUUCGAGGAAUAUCAAAGGGUGGGUUUGGAUGCUGUUUAAUGUUGGUGUGUAGGUAAUGGUGAGAAGGACCUGCAAUUGCCUCUCCAGAAGCAAAGGCAGGUAGAGUUGUCUGUCUAGAUAGGUGAUCACUCAGAAACACAGGGUUUUAUUCAGCUGAGUUUUACUCAGAGUAAACCAACUGGAAGUAAAGAACAUGGUGAAGUUACGCCUGCUGGUUUCAAUAGGUUUAUUCCAUAAAUCUUAGUUCAUACAAUGUAUAACGAUGUAUACGAUGUAUACCUUAGAGGAAGAACAAUACAGUCGUACCUCUACUUACGUAUCCCUCUGGAUAUUGAAUCUUUGGGUUACAGCCAUGGCAAACCUGGAAGUGUAUAUUUCCGGGUUUCACCACAUGCGCUCUAUUUACGUAAUUUUUGGGGUGUGAACAGACCCCCAGAACGAAUUAAGUUCAUAUCCAGAGGGUCCACUGUACGCAAAUAGACAAUUAAGAAGGGGCUUCUAUUUCACGGUGCAGUUUCUGAACACUUUUGCAGUGCCAACCUCAGGAUUCCAAAUGCAUUGAAAUCUGGGAGUAUUCAAAGAGGGCGAAAGGGAAAUGUAGAUCCCCAUGUGAACUGGUAAAGCAGGAAUGCGGAGGACUCUGCUGUUGACACGUCGUGGGGCUCCGAUUCCCACCAGCCUCAACCAGCCCAGUUAAUAGUCAGGGGUAAUGGGAGUUGUCGUCCAACAACAUCUGGAGGGCUGCAGGUCUUCAUUCAUGGAAUAAAGCUUGUAGCUUGCCUUUCUGUUUUCAAUACUUAACCCCGGAGAGAAAGCCAUCGCUAAUGACUUGGUAGAUUGAUUAAAUGAGUGGUGGAAAGAGAUCAAAAGGUACGAGAUCCAGUUCAAGAAGAAUAGUUUCCAGUAAUUUUAACAUUCACAAUGAUACUUGCUUGGCGUUUAUAUGCUUAUGUAUCGCAUUCCAGCCAUUUUAGAAUAUUAAUACUUAUCACUUUAUAUAGUACCACCUCAAAUGUUUUGAAGUACUUCGUAUACACGUAUCUCAGUACACUUUACAUCAGCCAGAAAAGACGGGCUGGUGUUUAAUUGUAUUUUUACAGUUUCAAGGCCUCCUUUUCAAAACACAAAGCUUUCCCAGCGUGGCAUAAGAACAUAACAAAAUGUUUAACAUUUCUCCAUAAACCUGCAUAUAACAGAAAGUAGGGGUGAGGUGAAGGCUGAGAAGCUAUAACUUGUCUAAAGCCAAUUUUAGUGGGUUUGUAGUUAAUGUGAGUUUUGCACCAGGGACUAGACUGAUUGAUUGAUUGAUUGAUUGAUUGAUUUCUCUCCCCUCCUCCUAGUGUCAUUGUUUCUCAGUGGACUAGUAUGCUGAAGAUUGUGGCAGUACACCUUGAGAAGCUGAGCAUGAAAUAUGCCACAGUGGAUGGCUCUGUGAAUCCUAAGCAGAGGAUGGAUGUGGUUGAGGAAUUCAACAAUAAUCCUGAAGGACCUGAGGUCUGGGAAAAGAUCAGAGAAGCUGCUGAGUUUUGUAGCUUGUUGUCACUGUGACUAGCGGUGCAAGGCCUGAUCCUUAAUUGCUAGGCAGGGUUAACCAGUAGCCAUUUUAGCCAAAAAUCUGACAGUCCUAUACCCACUUGCCUAGGAGUAAGCCCUAUUGCACUCAAUGGAAUUUACUUCUGAGUAAACAUUCUAGGUUUAACAUACCAUAUACUGUAAAAACAAGCAUUGCGGGGCACACAAUUCUGCAUUUAAGAAUUUCUGCUUUAUAAAACAACAAUCUAGGUUUCUAGUUCAUGUUGAUAAUUAUAUAGUCACCGGCCCGUAACAUUUCCUAGGUAGAUAUGAUAUAUAGGUAUAUGAUAUAUAGGUAGAUAUGAUAUAUAUAUAUAUAGAUAUAGUAGAUAGAUGAGAUUAUAUAUAUGAUUUUAUAUAUAUAUAUAUAAAUCUUAAAAUACAAUUAAAACAAAAAGUCAGUAAAAACAACAACAUAAACCUUCCCCUAGUAGAGACAAAAUAACACUUGUAAAACCACACUCUUGACUACAACCCUAGCCGCACUUCCCUGGGAACAAGCCCCAGUGAAUUCAGUAGGACUUACUUAUAAGUAGGCAUGGUUAGGAUUGCGCUGCAAGAGAAGGAGCGUAAGGUUUAUUUUGAAAUUAUACCAAAACAGCAAAGGUCUAGGUAGGGGUCUGUGGGAGGAGGUGAUAUUUCAGAUAACCUGGGUCCAAGCUGUCUAGGGUUUUAUAGGCUAAAACCAGCACUCUAAUUGAUUCUGGAAACAAACCAAGAAGCAGUGUAACUGGCAAAAUGUACGCAGGCUGUGCCAAAGAGAAAUGGUGUAUAAAUGUGUUGUGCAACACCUAACAGCUUUCUCUUGUCACAGGUGAUGAUGAUCUCUCUUCUGGCUGGAGGUGUUGGCCUCAAUCUAGUUGGAGGAAACCAUCUCUUUCUCCUUGACAUGCAUUGGUAAAAAUGCGGCAGCUUUUGCCACUUAACAGAAACCUUCUCGUGGUGUUUCUCGUGUGUGUGUGUGUGUGUGUGUGUGUGUGUGUGUGUGUUUGCAGCUGCAAGAAUCAGAUCUGAGUUGACCAAAAGGAUAGAAUCAGUCUAGAAGGGCUCCAAAUUAUGUAUUUGGUUCUUACAAAUCGUUGCAACUGGAAAAUAUAGUGCAUAUUUCUAUAAUCUGCAUAAGAGGGUUUUGUUUUCUUGUGAACUACUAAGAGGUUUUGCUAAAAUGAAGCGGCAUAUAAAUUUUGUUAAAUAAAUAAGAAAUAUUCACUGUUACAUCUGUUGUCAGUAAAUCAGCUUGUGUUAGCGAAUCGCCUUCUAGAUUAGUUCUUAGUUGGUCUUUGAGAAGAUGAGGAAGCAGGGACUCAUUGUAUCCACAAGCACCUUCAGUUCAAGGAACAGGAGUCCAGGUGUGCCACAGAACAGGGCGAGGAGGAUGACAAGAAGCUGGGAGGAAAUUGAGGGAGAUGUUGUCACUACUUCUUCCAAGGCUGAGAUAGAUUUAAAGUGUUAGGGGAUAUCUCUGACUUGCUUUUUGGCAAUCCUGUGUACUAGAUGUAAUUGUAUGAGCUAAAAUAUCUUUCAUCUAGAUUAACCUAUAGUUAUAAAGAGGGAAAUGACUGAACAGUUUCUUAAAUUUCAGGAAUCCAGCACUGGAGGACCAAGCCUGUGACCGCAUUUACCGCGUAGGACAGCAAAACGAUGUCACAAUCCACAGGUCAGGCUUUGCUUUUUGCACCAUCUCUGUUUGCAUAAUUUCUAGGGGUCGUGAGAUUUCUUCAGGUUCCAUAUGGAAGGGGGCUGAAGUUGGGGGGGGGGGAUAUUCUGAUCCACUCUCCUGAUCUCUUUUCAUGAGGUUUUUAAGUGAUCACAGCUCAGUUCUUCUAAAGCAGCGAUGGGGAGCCUCUAGCUUGCAAACUUGAUUAGGGCCUUGAAGCCCAUUUCCCCAAACUACACCCACUUGGCCAACACCUGAUGUUCCUUGUUGAAGCUUCACUGUCAUCAAAGGGGCUCCUCUUGGUGCCAAUCCACUGAUGGUGCUUCUUCAAAGGGGCUCACUUUCAGUGCUCCACAGAUUAUUGGUGCUGAGAAAAUCUGCUCAGAAAGUAAUUUGUCAGCUGAUUGGCAUCAACAGCCCGCUCCUUUGAAGAGUCUGCUUUCAGCACCAAUCAGCUGAUGGGUGCUGCAGGGAGUCCCUUUGAAAUCAUCACCUUGCAUCAUAUUGACACACAGUGAUUGUUAGGUGAACUGUCCCAUCGCCCUGUCAAAGCUGGCCAACAAGGUGGAAUCUGGCCUGAUUCAGUUCUUUGCACUGUGCUUAAUUUAUUUUGAAAGCUUGACCAAUGAAGAUGCACAAAACCUGUAUUCAUAAUGCUGUCUACUUGAUUUUAGGUUUGUCUGUGAAGGGACAGUAGAAGAAAAGAUCUCGGAGCUCCAAAGCAAGAAAAAAGAGCUGGCCCAGAAAGUGUUGUCAGGAAGAGUAGAUUCUUCGACAAAGCUCACCCUGGCAGAUCUCAAGCUCCUUUUUGGCAUUUAAACACUGUUUCUGUUUUAAAUAUGUGGUUGCCACGUUUGUGUGUGCCUUUUGAAAAUUCACUAUAUUAAUGAAUAAAAGUGGUUAAGUGUUGCCUUACUCCAUUCUUCAUAAUUAAACCUUUCUGUAGGAGGACGUACCCUACUUGUGAUCCUUUGAAAUUUAGGAAGAAUGAUCCGCCUGUGUCUGAUAUUGAAUCAUUGCUAGCUAGCCAGACUAUUGUCUUGUGUUUUUCCACCCACCUAGUAUGCUCCAUUGCAAGAUAAAUACUUCUCGUCAUAUCACAUGGCCAGCAAUGGCCAGAAUCCUUUCCUUUGAACUGCUGUCCCAAUGAACACCAACUGAGGCCACUUAGAAACCUGGUGUGCAAAGUCAUCCCUGCUCAUCAGCAAGAACUUUAGAGACAAAGCGGUUCAAACAGCAGUUGAAAGACUGAAGGUCGCAACUUGGGUGUGUUGUGCCAACAAGAUCUAAAACAACAAGCAAAUACUGCAGUUUGGAUCGGUUCAGAUCAGGCCAUAUACAGCAGAAGGACAGGCAAGCAUGUUAGGAGUUGGAUGGUACAACUGGGAGCGCUAACUGGAAAUCCCCAAGGAUAGCCAAAUCCUUCUAGUCCAGCAUCCUGUUCUCACAGUGGCCAGCCAGAUAUCUGUGGGAAAGCAGUGAGCAGGAUUCAAGCACAAAAGCACUCUUCCACCACCCCACUCCUAUGGUUUCUGCCAACUGGUAUUCAGGAAGACACUGUCUCUGACUGGAGGCAGAGCUUCUUCUUCUUUCUUUGGCGAUCACUCGUAGCUGAGUAAGAUUGUCUUCCAUAAACACGGUUUUAACAAUGAGUCCGUAAGUGACUGUGGAGGCCAGUUCUGGAUACACAUGUCCUUCCACAGUGGGGACAUUGGUUUCCGGGCAGGAGCUGAUCACGGUGUGGAUUUGCCAAGUGUG